AUGUCUUCGACGUACGGCUCUAGAACCGAAACAUUGCACCCAGUUCAGCAGGCUGCCAUUCAGGCCAUUCAUUAUGAUGCAUCAACGAAGAUUACCAUCAAGUUUAAGUCAAAUUGGUGGACAAGAUUAUGCAGUAUCAAAGGUGGCCAAGCUGCAACCGACCUUCCCAUUCGAGUUUGCGUUUACCUCUCCCCAGAGUUCGGAACAGAAAACGUGCCCACAGUACUUCUAUGCUCAUACACUUGGGGGCAAGAAGCACAAAAAAUGGCAUCUCUUGUCAAUCGGGACACCUCAAGCAAGGAACUUGAGCAACUACUACGUCACAAUCUUGCACUUCUGCAUCACAGCUACAUCGAUCGGUCUUCCGGUAAACCAUAUAUGUUCGAAGGGAUGUUGAGAAUUAUCCAAGACAAAUAUGAUGGGUUCCACGCGUAUGAUUGGUGCGGCGAUUCAUCUGUCUCGGGGGCUUUCGCAUAUUUUGGGCCUGAACAAUUUCGCCACUUUUACCCCAAGCUUGUCAGGCCCGCUGGGAAUGGUCAUAUGUUCUUGAUUGGCGAGGCUUGCUUUGCUAAUCAUGCAUGGGUAUCGGGUUCUCUUGACAGUUCCUAUAGAGUAUUAUUACAGCUCUUAUACAAACUGAUCGCGCAAGGACUGGUCUCCCCGCAUGUGCUAUCGGAAUUAAAAGUACCUUGGGGACAGCCGGAUGAGAUCCCGGAGGAGGUAUUGGAAUGGCAGAUGUAUCUGACUUUGGUGACUUCCAGAUGA